AUGGCGCAACGGUAUGAAGACUUGGCCCACUACGGGCUGGAGGGCGGGGUGUACGGAGACCCGCACCACCAUCACCACCACCACCACGCCGCCCGCUCUCUGCAGGCCGUGCACCUGGCGGCAGCCGCCGCCGCCGCCGCCGGUCCGUACCCUCCACACCAGUACGGCCAGUCCACCCACGCCAGCGGCGGAGUGGGCGCCACAGCCGUGGACGCCGUCAAGAGGGACAAAGACGCCAUUUAUGGACAUCCUUUAUUCCCUCUGCUCGCACUGAUUUUUGAAAAAUGUGAAUUGGCGACGUGCACGCCGAGAGAGAGCGGCGUGGCCGGAGGAGACGUCUGCUCCUCGGACUCCUUCAACGAGGACAUCGCCGUCUUCUCCAAACAGAUCCGAUCAGAAAGGCCUUUAUUCUCAUCAAAUCCUGAGCUGGAUAAUUUGAUGGUACAGUCGAUACAAGUGCUGCGCUUCCACCUCCUGGAGCUGGAGAAGGUCCACGAGCUUUGCGAUAACUUCUGCCAUCGAUACAUCAGCUGCCUGAAAGGGAAAAUGCCGAUCGAUCUGGUUAUGGACGACAGAGACGGGAACAAAUCGGACAGCGAGGACUUCAUCAGGUCCUCGGGGAACAACAUGGACCAGAUUUCGUGGAGCAAAGAUCCCGACGACGCGGCAUCGAUCCGGUCGGCCGGGACGCCGGGACCGUCCAGCGGUGGACACACGUCCUACAGCGGAGACAACAGCAGCGAACAAGGUGACUGCCUGGAUAACGGAGGGGCGUCCCCGAGCACCGGGGACGACGACGACCCCGACAGAGAAAAGCUGCACAACAAAAAGAGAGGCAUCUUCCCCAAAGUGGCCACCAACAUCCUGAGAGCCUGGCUGUUCCAACACCUCACGCACCCGUACCCGUCGGAGGAGCAGAAGAAGCAGCUGGCCCAGGACACCGGCCUCACCAUCCUGCAGGUCAACAACUGGUUCAUCAACGCGAGGCGGCGGAUCGUUCAGCCCAUGAUCGACCAAUCCAACAGAGCAGUGGGCCAUGCAGGACCGUACGGCCCAGAUGGUCAGCCAAUGGGAAGCUUCGUUAUGGACGGACAGACACACAUGGGAAUCAGACCACCUGGUCCUAUCGGCGGGGUGGGGAUGGGCGUGGAGGGCCAGUGGCACUACAUGUAGCACCACCAGCACCACGCUGCAGCCAGAGGACACGCCCAGUGUCCCGGUAAAAAAACGCCGACUCCCAUCAGCCGGUGUCUGCAGGCCCUUUUCGGAGCGGGACCACCCC